UGUUUCUGGCUGGCUGACUGUUCCAACAUCAGGAAGGGAAAGGAAUGUUACCCUAGUCGCAGGAACUAUGAACGCUUUGAAGUUUUGAAACUCGUGUGGACCAGAUUAACGGAUGACCAACGAAUCCACUACACCCUAAAUCAAGUGUAGAGGCUUUUAAAAGAAGAAAUGGACUUGUCACCUGCAAAGACUCGCUGUCGAAAGUUUGUUAUGGUGGUUUGAUUGCUAGCUAGCAAGGAACGUGUAUGUUAGCUACCAAGCUAAUCUGCCAGCUUACUUGUAUUAUUAGCUAAGCUGCUAACUGCAACGUUAUCGUAGUUUUUGACGAGUUGGUAAUUAACCUCGCUCUCACUGCUCUCUGUUAUUUAUCGUCAUAUUAGUCACCAGACCCAGCUAAUUAAAGUACAGAUUUAACUUUACACAUUUGGAAACCGUUUAGUCUCAGCUGAUGUUGACUUGCGAACGCAUGUAAUGUUAAUCAAAUGAGGAACAUAUCUUCUAGUAGCGAUAACGUUGCAGCUAGUAAGCUACCAGACGAGAAAAGUUGCUCAAGAUGAAAUUGUUAGGCCUCGGGCAGUCUGCGCUGAUUUCGGUGAAUCUUUGUCUUUAAUUAGCCACAUGGCGAGCACCACCUCAGUGCACGAGAGUUGACAUUUUGCUUGGAAUGUUUGAGAUAUCAAAUAAUAAUAGUCGGACCACUAUCUAAGCGGAACAGCCAGAAGUUCCCUUUUGGAUAGAUUCCUAGCUAGCCAAUCAUUAAGUAAAAAUUAUUUUUUCUAAAGAUGGGGCUGCCUUGUCAAACUACAUAAUGUUAAUUGAAGAACCGUUAUUUAGCAACAGAGUCUGUGCCAUAUAAAAACAAAGACAUUUUACUUUUUGGGGGAAAAGUUUCUUCAAACGGUUUGCUAACGUUACCUUCCCAAGCUAGCACUAGCUAGCUUAAAAAAACCCAUAGCGAAGACAUCCUGAUGCUGGUCAGCCUUUUGAACUUCCUCAUUGAAGUUUGAGCCAUAUCUGCAACUGCUGUCACGUUUUGUGUGCCAGGCUGGCGCUAAGUUUAUUUGUAUACCGGUAGUCAGUGAUGCCGUGGUUCGGAUCUAACUGACCACCAUGGGAGGAUGCGUGGGAAGAGAGCGUGGGGAUUCACGCGGACAGGGGUCGUCUCGCGCCGGUGGGAGGACCGGACGGAAGCGUGGAGCCCGUAACGAGCCCCUGAAGAAGGAGCGUCCCAAGUGGAAGAGCGACUACCCCAUGACCGAGGGGCAGCUGCGCAGCAAGAGAGAUGAAUUCUGGGAUACGGCGCCGGCCUUUGAGGGCCGCAAGGAGAUCUGGGAUGCGCUGAAGGCAGCCGCAGUCGCCCUGGAGUGUAACGACCACGAGCUCGCCCAGGCCAUAGUGGACGGAGCUAGCAUCACGCUCCCGCAUGGCACCCUGAAUGAGUGUUAUGACGAGCUGGGCAACCGCUACCAGCUGCCCGUCUACUGCCUGGCCCCGCCCCUUAAUCUGAUCUCGGAGCGCAGUGAGGAAGAGCCGUCGGACACGCCCGAAGCCCCCCCCCCCAGGAAGGAGUUCUCCCUCAAGGUGCGUCUGUCGACGGGGCGAGACGUGCGGCUGAGCGCCAGCAUGGCGGACUCCAUCGGUCAGCUGAAGAAGCAGCUGCAGGCUCAGGAGGACAUCGAGGCGGCGCACCAGCGCUGGUUCUUCAGCGGGAAGCUGCUGACCGACAAAACGCGGCUGCAGGACACCAAGAUCCAGAAGGACUUCGUCAUCCAGGUCAUCGUCAACCAGCCGCCCACAGACACACACACGCCCAUGGCCACGGCCCCGCCCACACACACACCCACACCCACGGCCCCCUCCACCCCCGACAACUGAGCUGCGCCGGGACCUGCGUCCAGCGUGUGGCGCUGUGGAGCGCCCCGAGAGGAUGACAAGGCCCAGGAGCUCGGACACGCUCCAGCAGGACGCAGGUUUCUUCUUUUCUCAUAAAUGGCGCCAUUAAAGACGGACUCUAGUUCUUUA